GCAGGUUUUGAAUGUAGUGGAUCACUCAUAUCUCCUCGUCACGUUCUUACAGCUGCUCAUUGUGUGUUUGCCACAGAUGUCAAAACGGCAACUGAAGAAGAAUGUGGCAGAAGAAAUAGCAGUUUCCUUCGCAGAAUGCACACAGGCUGGAGCAUAUUUGUCGGUACGAGCUGCAGAGAUCCUCAAAUGUGCAAGAAGUUGUGGAUCAAGCCAGACAAGGUGAUUUAUCAUGAGAAGUUCGAUGAAUGCACUGGAUACAACGAUAUAGCGAUAUUUGAAUACAACGAUGACGUUCCCGAAUCCAUGGCUACACCGAUAUGUUUACCACGAGAACGCUUGAAGAUUUCUAGGUUACUAAAAGCAGCAGGAGCUGGAUUGUCG